GAGGGACGCAGCGGCGGCGGAGGCGGCGGCGACAGGUCUUCUACUUACAGAGGACAAUGACUACUGAUGAGGGCACGAGUAACAAUGAAGAAAACCCAGCAGCCGCUGUGGCUGAGCAGGGAGAAGAUAUCACUACGAAGAAAGAUCGAGGAGUAUUAAAGAUUGUCAAAAGAGUGGGGACUAGUGAAGAGACCCCAAUGAUUGGUGACAAAGUUUAUGUCCACUACAAAGGAAAGCUAUCAAAUGGAAAGAAGUUUGAUUCCAGUCAUGACAGAAAUGAGCCAUUUGUCUUUAGCCUUGGCAAAGGCCAGGUUAUCAAAGCCUGGGACAUUGGGGUGUCUACCAUGAAGAAAGGCGAGAUCUGCCAUUUAUUAUGUAAACCAGAGUACGCCUAUGGCUCUGCUGGCAGCCUUCCGAAAAUUCCCUCGAACGCAACUCUAUUUUUUGAGAUUGAACUCCUUGAUUUCAAAGGUGAGGAUUUAUUUGAAGAUUCAGGCAUUAUCCGUAGAAUCAAACGGAAAGGCGAGGGAUACUCAAACCCAAACGAAGGGGCAACUGUAGAAGUCCACCUGGAAGGCUGCUGUGGUGGAAGGAUGUUUGAUUGCCGAGAUGUGGUGUUCAUUGUUGGUGAAGGAGAAGACCACGACAUUCCGAUUGGAAUUGACAAAGCCCUGGAGAAGAUGCAGAGAGAAGAACAGUGUAUUUUAUAUCUUGGACCACGAUACGGUUUUGGAGAGGCUGGGAAGCCUAAAUUUGGCAUCGAACCCAAUGCAGAGCUUAUAUAUGAAGUUACACUUAAGAGCUUCGAGAAGGCCAAAGAAUCCUGGGAGAUGGACACCAAAGAAAAACUGGAGCAGGCUGCCAUUGUCAAAGAGAAGGGAACCGUGUACUUCAAGGGAGGCAAGUACAUGCAGGCUGUGAUUCAGUACGGGAAGAUCGUGUCCUGGCUGGAGAUGGAGUACGGCCUGUCAGAGAAGGAGUCAAAAGCUUCCGAGUCGUUCCUGCUCGCAGCCUUCCUGAACCUGGCCAUGUGCUACCUGAAGCUCAGAGAGUACAACAAAGCCGUGGAGUGCUGCGACAAGGCCCUUGGACUGGACAGUGCCAAUGAGAAAGGCUUGUACAGAAGGGGUGAAGCCCAGCUGCUCAUGAACGAGUUUGAGUCCGCCAAAGGUGACUUCGAGAAAGUGCUGGAAGUCAAUCCUCAGAACAAGGCCGCUCGGCUGCAGAUCUCCAUGUGCCAGAAGAAGGCAAAGGAACACAACGAGCGAGACCGCAGGGUGUAUGCCAACAUGUUCAAGAAGUUCGCGGAACAGGACGCCAAGGAAGAAGCCAGCAAAGCCAUGAGCAAGAAGGCUGUAGAAGGAGCUGCUGGUCAGACACCCGAGAGUCAGGCCAAAGGCCAUGUAUGACGCCACGCCAAGGAGGGAAGAGAGUCCUAAUGAACUCGGCCCUCCUCACUGGGCUCGCCCCCAACUCAGGACUGAACAGUGUUUAGUGUAAGGUUUGUUACAGUCUCUGUGAUUCUGGAAGCAAAUGGCAGUACCAAUAGCUUCCCAAAUAACCGCCUGCUGCUGCCGGGGGUGGGGUGGGGUGGGGUAGGGGGACAUGCCAGGGAAACAGCAGAGGAAACCGUUGGUGUGGAGAGACCAAGCCAGCAACUCAGUCCAGCCCAUUUCAGUUUGUCACCUUUCAGUGUCCAGCACAGCAUCCCUUGUGAUCCUAGGGCCCAGCUGCUAUGGGUUCUGCAUCUGCAUUGUGGUCCCACUGCAGAAACCGUGAUAAAACAAACUCAGUGGAGCUCUGCUUUCCUAUUGGUGGGCAUGGCAGGGCCGGUGAUGAACACAAGCCCACAGCAUGGGGCUCCUGGUCCACAGCUGGGUCUCAGGCCACUUGCCUGCCUUCCACGUCCCCCUCUCAGACUCUUGAGUGUGACUUUCUGUCCUAGCCAGCAUGUCCCAUGGACUCUGUUGUUCCUCCAACACCCUUCAUUAGUGACACCAGGUGGGAGUUUCCCAGGUGGCUCUCUCUAUUUUGGGUGAAUUUCCAAGGUGUGGAGAGCGGUCAGAAGUGGGCUUAUCGUCUUCCCCACUGUUCAUCCCUCUCAAGAAUGGUGUUAGCGCUCAACCCUCCAUGCUCGCUGCAGCUGCUCUGCUCAGCCUCUUGGUCCCAUUCUCUGCCUUGCUGUGAAGCACCUAAGGCUUGUUCUUGUCCUAGACCUGGAGUGGACAGACUCCAUAGGACUUCCUCAGCUAGGACUGAGGAGCUGCUCUCUUUUGCAUUAUGGUUGUCUAUCUGUAAGCGUGUAAGCUGCUUUUUGGAGGGAACUUCACACUCCUGUAUUCUGCAAAAGUAUUUUUCAAUUUUUACUUUUUAGCUUGGCUUUUGAAAGGCAAACUAGGAGGUUUAAAACAAGCAGUUACUCUUAAAAGCGAGGUACCUGGAGGUCCAGCAGGUAGAUGCCUCGCCCUGCACUGCAGCUUCUUCGUUCUGGUGGGGCUGUAAGGGUUGCCAGCUUCCGGUAUCCGUAUGUCAAGCCAAAGUCUCCAAUACUUGGGCAUUGAAUUUGGGCAAGUCUUAAAUAGUUUUGGAGUUGGAUUUCAGUCCUACAGGUGAUGUAUGGGAUUGAGCAUGGCUGGCUUCUCCACAGCCUAAGGAACCCCCAUGGGGACACAGCCACCAGCCCAGUGAUCCAUGCACGUCUGCCUGGACAGCUCACUUCCAGCCUAAGGACCACCACACUCAAGACGUGUGGCUUUAGUGACAGUCUCCUGGUCAGUCAUCAGGACCUUCCACCUGCAGGUCAGCUACUCCUCAGUUCCAGCCCUGCUCAGCGUGCAGCAGUGUGAAGGUCUCGGGGUGUGACUGGGGCCCUCCAAGCUCACACAUUGCUUCUGCUGCCUCUUUCCAUCCAUGUUUUUGAGCCCUGGUCUCGCCCGGGAAAUACGGAGCAGGAGCCAACUUUCCCGUGAUGUACUAGCGUUUGUAGUUGUCUUGAAAUUCUUGACUAGAAUUGCAGGGGCAGGGAGGCCAUGCUGGAAUCAGAGCCUAACAAGUUAGGUUUUUACAGAAAAACUCUUUCAGAGACUUGGGUGACCCUCACCAGCUGUCUCCCAAGGGUGUACUGUGGGCCGAGGAGACCGGUACGGGAAGGGGGAUGGAUGGUCAAGGUUCUAAGCCAGAAAUGGCAAAGUGCCCGCCACCACUGGAUUUUACAUGCUCUUGUAUUCAGGAAUUUUAGAGAAUUUAUACGGAAACCAGAAGAUGUCUUCAAAUACCCUUAGACUGGAUAGUGAUGGGUAAACAGAUGAUAAAUUGAAAUUUUGGUUUUUAAAAAAAUCACAUAGACGCUGGAAGUAAUGGUGACACACACCUUUGAUUCCCUGACUUGGGAGAUCUUGUCUCAAAACAAAAAUCAUUUAGAUGCAUUUUGUGUUCCUUAAAUAA